AUGAAUAAGCUGGCAAAGAAGAAGAACCCUACGAUUUAUGUUGUAGGCGCACAGUGCUCUGGCAAAACAACUCUUGCCGUCGCAUUGAAGGAGCACUUUUCAUCGGACCCAACUCUUCCACCUAUUGCGCUUCUAACCGAGGCAGCUCGCGGCGUACUGAAACGACAUAACUUUACUCGCAGCGACAUCAGGGAAGACGUCAACCGUUGUAUAGAAUUGCAAAGACUGAUCCUUGAAGCUCAGUGGACGGAGGAGCUGAAAAUCUCAGAAGAUUCCAUGUUGAUCUCUGACCGAUCCGGCAUGGACCCCAUUGUGUACGCAGCAAAAUAUGCCCAUCCGGGGGCGACCAAGUCACUGUUGGAUUCUUCAGCAUGGCGAGAGUUAAGGGACCGUAUGUCGAGGUCACUCGUCAUUGUCUGUGAGCCGGUCAAGAGCUGGCUGAAGGACGAUGGUGUAAGAUUGAUGCCACUGGAUUGGGAAGAAUGGUCAGAAAUCCAUCGGUCUUUUUGUGCCCAUCUAGAGGACGCCAGCAUUGAGUUUUACGUCUUGUCUGCCGACAAAGCUGCCAUCUCCGACCGUGUAUCUUUUGUGACCGAACAAUGGGCAAAGUUUGCUGGUUUGCAGUCAACAGAAACGGCAGAGACAACCAAAAGAUUGAGUUCAGCAUCUCACACCCUGACCCCAUGA